AUGCCCGAGCCUGAUGACCUUAAGCCAACCGACCAGCCAAAAGGAGUAGAGAGUCCCAAGCAGAAUACAAAAGUUGAUUCGAGGAAGCAGAUAGACGGUUCGAAGAUGCAUAAGUCACCAAACCCCUUCAAACCAAGCAUACCUUUCCCAAGCCGACUUCGAGACGAGAAGCAGGAGCAGCAAUUUCGGGACCUAUACAACAUGCUCUCAAAAGUCAACGUCAACCUACCACUCCGAGACGUGAUCAAGAACAUGCCUUCCUACAUGAAGUUUUUCAAAGACUUAGUGGCCAAGAAGAGAAAAUUCGGAGAUGGAGAGAAAGUGGUGGUCUACGAAGCUGCAAGUGCUAUGCAGCAUGAUCUUCAAAUGAAGGAACGAGAUCCCGGGGGCUUCGUGAUCCAAAUAGCCCUCGAAAAUGGAAAAAAAACUUCGGGGAUGCUAGACCUUGGAGCAGGGAUCAACCUUAUGUCGUUCUCUAUUUUUCAGCGGCUCGGCCUAGGAGACUUGAGGCCAACCCGCAUGUGCCUUCAGCUCGCAGAUCGUUCUAUUAGAUACCCCAAAGGGGUAGUGGAAGAUAUCCUUGUUCGUGUUGGGAAACUUAUAGUCCCAGUGGACUUCGUAGUUCUAGAUGUGGGGGACGUGCAGGAGAACGGGAAGGAUCACACAAUCCUUCUCGGCAGACCAUUUAUGGCCACCACCAACAACCUAGUUGAUGUCAAGAACGGGACAUUGAAUAUGACAGUCCUGGGCGAGUCAGUAUCCAUCUCUGUUCGAGAAGCUAUAUCCUCCUCCUCGGUGAACUUUGUGGAGGAGUGUGCCUUUGUUGAUCCAACCAUCGAGCUCUUCGAAGCAGCCGAGGAGCCCCACGUACGAACCCCACUCACAUUAGAACUCAAGGAAUUACCUCGUCACCUCAAAUAUGUAUUCCUUGACGAUGAGAAGCAAAAGCCGGUCAUUAUCUUUGUCGAGCUCAAUCGAGAUGAGGAACAAGAGCUAAUUGGUGUGUUGAAGAGGAAUCAGAAGGCCAUUGGGUGGAGCCUCGGGGACAUAAAAGGCAUCAGCCCUUCCACAUGCAUGCACCGGAUCAUUUUGGAAGAGGGUGCCAAACCAUUUCGGGACAGCCAGCGGCAGCUCAACCCGAACAUGAUGGAGGUGGUAAAGAAGGAGGUGCUGAAGCUCUACUCAGAAGGGCUCAUUUAUCCAGUGGCAGACAGCGAGUGGGUCAGCCCGAUCCAUGUGGUGCUGAAGAAAGGGGGUAUCACGGUGAUAGAGAAUGAGACGAAGGAAAUGGUCCCCACCCGAAUCACUAUCGGGUGCAGAAUGUGUAUAGACUAUCGGCGCCUCAAUGCCGUGACAAAGAAGGAUCACUUCCUGUUACCCUUCAUCGAUCAGAUCAUUGACCGUCUCUCGGGCCAUCAGUUCUACUGCUUCUUAGAUGGAGUAUCCGGCUACUACCAAGUAGCCAUAGCACCCGAGGACCAACCGAAGACAACCUUCACGUGCCCAUUCGCCACAUUCGCUUUCAGACGGAUGCCAUUCGGCCUAUUCAAUGCACCCGGGACCUUCCAAGGUGCAUGUUCUCCAUUUUCUUCGAUAUGCUUGAGGAUUGCCUACAGUCAUUUUAUGGUGACUAGUGGAGUUGUGUUAGGCCAUGUGGUGUCUAAUCGUGGUAUUGAGGUUGAUAAGGCAAAUAUUGAUGUUAUUGAAAAACUCCCCCCUCCUGUGAAUGUGAAAGGAGUUAGAAGUUUUUUGGGUCAUGUUGAUGCCUUUGAUAAAUUGAAAAAUAAGCUAGUGACUGCACCCGUUGUUAUUGCUCCUGAUUGGUCCUUGCCUUUUGAGAUUAUGUGUGAUGCUUCGAACCUUGCUGUUGGAGCCGUCUUGGGCCAACGAGUUGAUAAGUUACUUCGUGUAAUUUAUUACGCUAGUUUGACCUUAAACGGUGCCCAGUUGAACUACACUACCACCGAGAAAGAGCUUUUGGCAGUAAUUUUUUCUCUUGAAAAGUUUAGAUGUUACAUUCUAGGGUCUAAAGUGAUUGUUCAUUCUGACCAUGCUGCAUUGAGGUAUCUUUUGAAAAUUCGGGAUAAGAAGGGUUGUGAAAAUGUGGUUGCUGAUCAUCGUUCUCGCAUUGUCCCUACUGAUCAUUCACUUACUUUGCAUGAGCAUGUUGAUAUAAAGGAUAGUUUUCCAUAUGAGCAUGUGAGUGAAGUGGUUAGUGUUCCUUGGUAUGCAGAUAUUGUGGGAAAGGAUGAGAUCCUUCGGAGGUGUGUGCCUGAAGAUGAGCAACCGGAUGUCCUUGCUUUUUGCCACGAGCUUCAGUGUGGGGGACAUUUUAGAGGUCGGAAGACCGCCCUUAAGGUCCUCCAAUCAGGUUUAUUCUGGCCGACCCUUUUUAAAGAUGCUUAUAUUUCUUGCAAAUCUUGUGACCGUUGUCAAAGAAUUGGGAAUAUUGGCCCAAGAAACGAGAUGCCUCUUGUAAAUAAUGGUCAGGUGGAUAUUUUUUAUGUGUGGGGCAUUGAUUUUAUGGGCCCGUUUCCCAAAUCAUUUGGCUUUGAGUAUAUUCUUCUUGCCGUAGAUUACGUGUCCAAGUGGGUUGAGGCUAUCCCCACAAGGACAUGUGAUGCUAAAGUGGUGAUCAAGUUUUUGCAAACUAUUGUGAGUGACGGUGGCAAACAUUUUUGCAACCGGAUAUUUGAGAAGCUAAUGAAGAAAUACGACAUUUCACACAAGGUCGCCACCCCAUACCAUCCGCAAACUUCGGGCCAGGCAGAAACGAGCAACAAGCAGAUCAAGACCAUUCUUGAAAACACGGUAAACUCGUCCAGGAAGGAUUGGUCCAGUCGUCUUGAUGAUGCACUAUGGGCCCAACGCACAACUUACAAAGGAGUUUUGGGGAUGAGCCCAUUCCGGCUCGUCUACGGAAAGGCAUGCCACCAUCCGGUCGAGAUCGAGCACAAGGCUGUUUGGGCGAUAAAACGGAUGAAUCUUGAUCUUGAUGCAGCCGGACGUGAGCGGAUGUGGCAACUGUCAGAACUUGAAGAGUUGAGGAACGAAGCGUACGAGAACUCCAAAAUCUACAAGGACAAGGUCAAAAAGCUUCACGACUCGACCAUUGUCCGAAAGAACCUUAUUCCCGGUAUGAAAGUCCUCCUAUUCAAUUCCCGACUACGUCUAUUUUCGGGAAAACUCAUGUCCAGGUGGAGUGGCCCGUAUGUUGUUGAUGAGGUGUUGACUCUCGGAGCUGUUCGACUCCGAAGUCCAGCGAAUGGUGACUUGUUCGUGGUCAAGGGACAGCGAGUGAAGUCAUACUUUGAAGGAGAAUUCGGGAAGCAACAUAAGUGUGCCGAGCUCCCGGCUUAA